GCCCUUUAAUUGGAAGGGUGACUGCAAAGCAGCUAGCAGAGAUAGAUUGUUCUCGAUGUAGAAUCUGCAUUUAUGCAUUCAGAGUGCAACCAUGUAAUCAGGUCAACAAGGUGCCACUCUGCAGUGGUGUAGGUGGAAGAUUGGCAGCACGCUAUUAGGAACUGGGAGAAGCUAAAGAGGAGAGAGACAUUUAUGUUAUCUCUGCCUCCAGAUGGGAUCCCAACCUACUGUGCAUUUCUGGGUAGUCUUUAUCAGAGCUCUGCACGUCCUGAAAAUGACUUUUUAAACUCUCAGCCAGGGAGUACUCCCAACCUGACAUAUACACCUCAGGAGAGAACUGUCCUAGACCUCUCCAAGUCAGAUUCCCUUCUCUUUGCAAGAGCAAGAGUGCAAAAUACCUUGGAAUAAAGAGAAUUAUCAAGGCAAAGGACAGCUGCCCUGACUGAAGUUGGAGUGAAGAAACAACUCAUGAAGUCUCAAUGCAUCCAGACCCUCGUUUGUGGAUUGUGGGCACGCUUCUACCAGUAAGCUGACUGUUGGGCUUGAUCAACGACAUCUGAAUUGCUUGAAGAAUCCACUGGGUGAUCUUUGGUUGAAGAACUGUCACCAAAAUUGGACAGUAAAAUACAAACUCCAGAACUCCAGAAAAAAAUGAGAAAGAAAUGAAUGCAAAGGUUCUCUGCUUGAGCUCAGUGUUUUUUAUAAUGUCUUGGGAAGACUCCAGGAUGUCAGUGCUUCUGCUGGCCAGCAUUCUGUUGCUGAUCUUGCAAAGAUUGGCAGUGUCCCACCUUAUGAUGGAUAUGGCUCUACAUUCCUUUGAUGACCAGUACCUGGGUUGCAGAGAGCAGAUGAUGGAAGAACUGGAGCGGGGAGACUAUUUCCAGAAGGAAAUAGCUGCUAGUAAGAACUAUUCGAGCCUCUGGAAGAAGGCUCAGGAAGCUUUGCUGAAGAGCCCUGUAGGUCUCCUGAGGGAGAUGCAUGAUAGUCAUGCCACCGUCCUCAUGGCUUACACCAUGAAUUCUUCCCUGCACUCUCAGCUGAACUGGGCCACAUCCACAGCAGGAAGGUCUCCAGAGCAUUACAGAUACAACUUCAGCUACAAAUAUUUUCACUUUUACCUAACGACAGCUAUCCAGAUAAUGAAGCAAUGGCAGAGCAGCAAGGAUGGCAUGGGGAAACGUCACUGUUACCGGGUGCACAGAGGUGUGAAGGACUUAUAUAUUGAGGCUACAGUUGGCAGCUUGGUGCGAUUUGGCCGUUUCACCUCCACCUCUCGCCUCUGGAAUGAAGCCCAGAAAUUUGGGAAUGAAACUUUGUUUACGGUGACAACCUGCCUGGGAGCAGCUAUGCAAGGCUUUUCUUACUACACAUCUGAGAAGGAAGUCCUCAUUCCCCCUUACGAGAUAUUCCUUGUCAAAAACUUCUUUCGGACGCAGCACGGUAACCGGCUCCACCUGCAUUCUGUAGGGAACUACAGCAAGUACUGCUGCCAGCUCUUGGAAGCUUCAAGAAUCAAGAACAAUGGAUCUACUGCCUCUGCCUCCGUCAUUCUUUUUAGUGCAGUUGGCGUUUUAUUGUACUGGGCCAGGCAAUGACUGAUUCUCUGGCUACAUCCAGAUAUAUACACUUGAAUAACAGACAAGAAAAAACAGCUGGGUGAACUGCUUGGCUUUCUGAGCAGCUCCAUGAAAGCUUGGUGCUGCCAUCCCAUUGGAAAUCCCAUGUCAAGAAAUGCAGAACUUUAGGCACCUGAGAAAUGCUAGCAUUUCUCAGAUUAGAGAGCACUUAAAGAAGGUGAGUGUCUUUGUUUUUUGGGAAGACUGAAAUGAGUUGCUGGACACUCAGCAUUUCUGACAUCAGAUAUAGACACAUGCAAUGGCAGAGACCAUCAUGUAACUAUUUAAAUGUAGUGGCAUGCUCUAUCAAACUGAUCAGCUGCUUCUACAGAAAUCCUGAAACAUGUUUGCCUGCACAGUUUGAA